AUGUUUACAAUAUUUUCUAAAAAUUGAAUGACAAUGACAAGAAUGAUAACAGAUGUGGUGUAAUAUUAAACGAUUAUAUACAUUUUGCUUUCCCAGAGUACCGUACUUAUAUAUGUUUUCAUUUACAAAUCUGGUCAGAGAAUGGCUUGAGAUUGGCCUCAGAAAUGAAAAAGUAAAAACUGUACAGCUUUGUAAAAGAAAUGCGACUGAUGAGUUAGGGAUUUUUCAAAGUAUUGUAUGAAACUACAAUCUCUCUUGCCUAAAUGCACUUCACUGCACAAGCUUUGAGACACGUUUCAGCAUAAUGAACUUGAGUACGACACUUUCUGCUGGCUGUGUGAGAACAAAACUACUGUGAAAAGGAAAUCUCAAUGCUUUGCAGUUACAGAUGCAGCCUGAAGAAUGCUUUCCGACCUCAGGAACCACCAUAUUAAAGUAUACAAACUGGGAGGGAGAGAGUGUGUGUGAACAACGUUAGGAGCUAUAUUCAUUUACUCAUGAAUGAAGUUUCGGUUUGUUUGGUCAUGACAAACCCAGUGGUCACCCAUCAGCCAGGGCCAGUUGCUUAUGGGACCAAUGUGCAAACUGGGGAGUGGAGUACAGGACUGUGCUCCUGCUGCAGCGACAUCAUGGUCUGUGCACUGGGCUGCCUGUGUCCAAUCGCACUUGGUUGUUACACUGCUAACAAGUACGGGGAGAACGUCUGUCUGGCCUGUAUUCCUGGAGGCAUGACGGCCAUGAGGACUCACAUGAGAUUGACCUACGGGAUCCAGGGAACGAUAUGCAACGAUGCCUUGAUGUCGUUCUGCUGCGGGUUGUGCGAGAUGUGCAGGAUGGCUCGGGAAAUCCGCAUCCGCAAUGGAGAAACCUAAAGGGCGAUAAGUGGUCAUCGUCGGCUGACCGCCCGAAUCAUGCUCGUGGCAACACGUUGCUCUCGAGUGCUGGACUCAGACUGCACUGUGAUGCAAUGCUCUCGAUGCUGUUUAGCACUUUUAACCUAAUAAAUGAAACAGAAACGUGC